AUGUCUGCCAACGACCUUCGGGGAUGGGUGAUGAGCACCGUCUCAGGCGUCGCAUGCGUCCUUGGUUCCUCUAUCAUCUGCGUCGAUGUGCUGGUUCAAGUGGUCUCCCGCCGCAAGAGCUUCCAGAUCGCCAACAGUAGUCAUUUCCUGUCGGCAUCAUUAUGUCUCAGUGCUGGAGUCAUGCUCUUUACCUCCCUCUACAGCAUGCUUCCCACAUCCAAGCAGUACCUUACCCGCGCCGGCUUCUCUCCCGCUGUAUCUGCAUAUAUGUUGAUCGGUCUUUUCAUUGCUGGAGUGGCCGGCAUUCAAAUACUAUCCGCGUUCGCACAUCGUUACAUCCCAUCUCAUGUUGUCGACUGUGCCCAUACCCAUGACGAGUCAGAAAAUGAUGCCGAGCGCGGCGAGGCCGCACACGAGGACCAUGUCCACAACGAUACAAAUGGACAUACCGAACGAACACCGCUGUUGCAACAUAAUAAGCCAUCUUCAUUCAAGUCAACGCCAGCGGUAGUACAAGCGAGCCAACACAUCGAGCCGGCACCCAGACGCCGCGACACGAUGCGGGCAAUGCUAGCGCGCCGCAUUACGUCGUUCAUGGGUGGCGUAAAAUCCGCCUGUGACGAGGACGGGCCUUGCUUCGGGGUUUCUCAAACCUGUGGCCUCGAAUGCAACAAAGUGCUUCCACCACCCAACAGCGAUGAGAGCGCGCGACCAAACUUGCUGCAUUGUGAAGGUAUAUCCGUGCCGCUGGAAUCGGAAAUUUCCCGCGUAGGAAUUGACGACAUUGAACAUGUGCCUCCCACUCCGGAAGGGAGAGAUUUUGACAACAUCUCUGUACAGCAUGACAUGCACCGAUCGUCCACUUCGUCUCCCAUUUUAGACCCACAUUUAAGUCAUCGAUCUCGUCCGCAUUCUGAGCAUCAUCACCAUGACGAAUCUCAUAGCUACCUGGACGAUAUUGAUUCUGGGCGUCCCAAAUCUGCCGGCGGCAACCCCCACCACCAUCACGUUCCUAAAAAUGCAUUCCUUUCCAUUGGGCUUCAAACCUCACUCGCCAUUGCUCUACAUAAGCUUCCAGAGGGGUUCAUUACUUACGCCACAAACCACGCCAGCCCAACCCUCGGUAUGACAGUAUUUCUGGCUCUAGUUAUCCACAACAUUGUGGAGGGCUUCGCCAUGUCACUUCCGCUCUAUCUAGCCCUCAAUUCCCGCUGGAGAGCAAUGUUCUGGUCUAGUCUCCUAGGAGGUAUCAGUCAACCAGCCGGUGCUGGACUCGCAGCGCUCUGGAUCUGGAGCACUGGGCAACGCGGUAGCGACGAUGCCACUGGUCCCUCGUGGGGUAUAUAUGGAGGUAUGUUUGCCGUCACCGCCGGAGUCAUGACUUCGGUUGCGUUGCAACUUUUCAGCGAGGGACUUGGGCUCACCCAUCACCGCGGAAUGGGUAUCGGGUUCGCUGUGGGAGGCAUGGGGUUGAUGGGCCUCAGCUUUGCAUUGACCGCUUGA